UCCUGUCAUCUUCGUGAAAGAUAAUAAAGGACGAAGAGUGCUCGGCUCGGUCAAGGGAUGGCAGCCAUCGAAAAAACACGACAAGCAGUGCUACCUGAUGCAUGUCGUUUACAAUUCGAAGGGCGACGUUCUGGCAGGUGCGAAAGGGGCGAUUCUCUCGUGGGAUCUGUUCCAGGGGUUUGGUGGGGGGGCUUUGAGGACCUCUUUCUACACUGAAGUCGCGGAGGGAGGCCUUGUUUCGGCCAGGGAGUUUUUUGACGAGGUCGAGAGGAGCGACUUUAACCUCGACGAUCCCUGCAAAAUUUGGAGCGACCUGGAACUGUCGCUUCCUGUGCAAAUGUGCUCCGGGUUCUUUUCCAGUGGUUCAGUACAGCCCCGGCAGGGUGAGGAAAUGGGUUCCGGUGGUUCAGUACAGCCCUGGCAGGGUGAGGAACGUGGUCGCUUCGAUGACAGCGAGAAGGAAGAAGAGGAGAACACACGAGCUUCGCCGCAUAGACUCGGAGAUCGCGGGACGCUGAGAAUUCCAGGGGCUGAGAGAGGGGCAACGGUCGUCGAGCAGCCGUCGACGUCGGGUGGCGGUCGCGCCUUGGGGUGGGAGGACAGGACAGUUGGCGUCGUUUCCGGCGGGGAGGGAGGGGAACAACAGUCUACACAAAAGAGAAGGGGAGGUUGUGAGGGGGAGGCGACGGGAGCUAAAAAGAAGCAGAAGACAACGACCCCACAACAGUCAGGGGGGGAAAGGAAGGGAGCUGAGGGGCAUGUUGGCGCGUCGAGUCAAAAGCGCCCGGCCUCGGCUAAGAAGCCACCCCAAUCGGCCCCUGUCCAGCCCAGAGGUGUCAUCGACAUCGACGCGGCAUACUUCCUGGAAUGGAAAAACGGCGUGCGAACAAAGCGGGAGUUCGCCAUUAACCCGUCGCAAGUCGUCGACAUCGGCAAGUGGGAGGCGGCAUACAACCAGGGUUCCUUGGAUCCCGUGCAAAUACAGGCCAUUAUUGACGCAAUGACCACGGCCUACUCUCAGACCGAGAAGACUUACGAGCUGCCGACACUAAAGCUCGCGCCUCUCGAGAUGGUUAAACCGACGCCCGGGGUGCGGGCGGAUUGUCUGAAGCCAGAGGACUGGGAGGACGAGCUGGCAGGGCAAUACUACUACUACGCUGUGGCGGGCCAGCAUAACGCGGCUGCGGCCAGGGCGCUGCUUGGCACCGAUGUGGCGGUGAGGUACAACUUCGAGCGUUGGCCUGCACGAAUGGUGUACUUCUCGGACGAGGACUUUGAGGGGUACUUUCUGGUCAGCGCCGAGGACAACAAGAAAGACCUAAAGGCCCCCCUGAGACAGCUGAAACUCUCCAUGAGAGACAUUCGGUGGUGUUGGAAGGAAUUGGGUUACCCAAAAGCUGGUUACUAUAGAAGAUCGCUCUACCAUCGGAGAAUAUGUAUCAUGAGCGAUGUUCGGAUUCCGGCGGACUUCAGCAAAUGUUGAUGGGCCAUCGUGACAGGGUCCGACCUUGAAGUUCCGAGGCAGACGGUGCAUGAAGUUCCGACAGAG